GCGCCGCCGCUAAACCAAAGACAGAAGUUGUUGUUGUUAAGAUGUGUCAGUGUUUUGACAUUUAACAUGUCGUGUGCAGCUGUGAAUUGUACAAAUCGGCAUUCACCAGGAUCUAGUACAAGUUUUCAUCGCUUCCCUUUAGGUGAUAAAGAUCGGCUACAGCGGUGGCUGGUGAACAUCAGACGUGAUCAUUUUAAGCCAUCUCCAUCUUCUCGCUUAUGUUCCCACCACUUUAAAGAUAGUUGCUUCUUCACUAACAAUAAAGGUCAAGUGUGCCUUGCUAAAACGGCAGUCCCUACCAUAUUUUUCAUCCCUGGCCCCUUUCAGAAGCAUCCACGGCGCACCCAAGUAAGGCAGAGGAACCCGGAAAGUCAUGAAUUUCACACAUACUGUCUCAAAAGGGAUGACAGGAGAAUGUUUGUGGAGGAGGAAGUUGUUUUGGAUGAGUUUGUGAAAGAGAAAGAUCCAGACAUGACUGAAACUAGUGGGACCCCGAUGAUGUACCCCACUGAAAUAUGUGUCGUUGCAGUUAGACAUGAUCAUUGCUACAGCUCUUGGUCUUCAAACACAGCCUGUAGUUCCAUAGAGGACAGCAGCUCAACCACAGACAUGCAGGAGACCGAAUCCCCAGAGAUAUUGAAGUACAAUUUGAACUUAGUCUUGAGAAAGAUUAAAGCAUGCAGAAAAAAGAUGAAACUGAAGAAUGCUACGAUUAGAAGGUUAAAAAGAAAACUGACUUCACUGUCUUCCAUCAUUUCGGAGCUGAAAGCGAAAGACCUCAUAGUGACAAAACACAGGUUACCCUCAGGAAAAACAAGCUCUGAAAGGAUCUAAACCAUGGGCUCCAGCUCAAACCGAAGGGUCAAGAGCUUUAAAAUAAUUACUCCUGGUAAGAGCCUUGGACUCAAGACCACUGUAUGCCUUAAGAUGAGGAGGUGGUUUUGUUCUGGCAGCAUUCUUCCAGUCCUUUCCACUGGUCCGUAACAGACACACUGUGGGAAAUGACAUUGUGUUCUGGAAUAAGUUGAUUUGGUCAGGAGGAUGUAGAGAUCUCAGAUGAACAGAGAUGUCAGAAGAAUAUAUAAAGAAUAGCUGUUUAUUUUCCUCAUUUGGUUUUGGAAAUGCAAGAAACCCUGAAGGAACCAGCAUAGAUGUCAGCCUGGAUGGUGUUUGCAUCACUUGUUUUCUGUUGAAUUGUUACAUGAUUUGAUGUUCUACUUGCAAUUUUUUUAUAUUGUACAAUUCGUACAUUUCUGAAAUAUUUGAGAUCUUGGUUCCUCUUUUCUCAGAUGGUUAAAAAAGCUUUACUCUUAGAAUCACUACAGUAAAAAUUUUGCAUGGAAACAAA